GAACGACAGUAUAUAAAGCAGCAACUUCAUUCCACCCAACUAACCAAACAAUCUUGGAUAACCCUUCCCUUCUCUAAACUGCGACAUCGUUUCUUUAACUACUCCAUCAAGGUCGUAUUGUCUUGGCCAAGAAAAAUCUUCAUAUCUUGCAAACUAUUUGAUACCUUCGAUACCUGAGGUAUCGUCAACUUCGAAAUGGACAUCCACCCGGUUUCGGAUUCAAGCCGUGAUGACGCUAGCUACGAACCCGAAACGACAAGAUCUUCACCGGCUGUCGGCAGGUCUGAGUGCAGAUUCAAUUCGGAACGAGGCGGCGAUGUGCGAUCUUCUAUGCCGUUGAUGUCAACGAUAUUUUGAGAGGCAUCGCUUCGAAAGAAAAAGACCGCUUUAUCCGCUUUGUAGCGAGUGUAGGCUUACGCGCUGUUUCGGAAUGUCCGUAGAUUCAAAUUCACCUCUUCAACAAGACGUCCAACACAAUACGUCUACGAAAUGCGGGGGGUCUGAACAUACUGAUCGCCACAGGAGCCCACGCCAACCACGAACAUAUCUUACCCACACCUGUCCGUCUUACAACAAACUCAGUCCACUAGGACCUGGAGAUUCUUCUUCUUUGGCUCUAUUACGAGAGUUUUUCUCGCGGCCUGACGACGAGGAAGGAUGCACGGAUUUUUCAAGGGAAAGAUUCACCCGUCGUCCGCCAAACUCACCUGGUCAUAGUGAGAUGCCGGAUCAGCACAAGAGUGGAUUGAAAGAUGGAUCACCUUCAAUGCAGAACCGUCCUCAGCUCUCUAGCUCUGCACCACCUAGUCGACCAGAAGUCCUCACACCUAAAAUGCAUCGCCCGCCAUCAUGCACUAUGUCUGAGACUAACAUGGACCGUAAUACCCAGAACUUCUCUAUCCGUAGACUCCAUCCAAAAAGCGAAUUACGUCCGCCAGCUAUCCCACGAUUCCGAAGCAAAUCAAACUCCACAUACGAGGGGCGAAGUCAAGAAGGUGAAGACGUCAGUGCGCCAGUUGCAAGCAGCUCUAGAGAUGUUCCAAUGAUGAGACCCGUACCAAGGCCAAAGAAUUUGAUAAGAAAACACGGAGGUGAAUCGGAUACAUUCAGAUGUCCAAAUUGUAACAGAAGAUGUAAGAGUUCAAUCAGCUACGAAAAACAUGAUGCUUCUUGCACACAUCGUAUGGGUCCAUUGAGACUGGAGUGUAGGUUUUGCGGAAGGCCCUAUACCUAUGUGGGCUAUCUGUCCAAACAUGAAGCAGACUGCCAAAAAAUUGAUCCUCGUGAGCGGGUACUGUGGGGGACGCGUGUCCUUCACGAGAGUGAUAGCCUCUGACAGACGCGGUGCUCUUGUUUGAUAUCAUAGACUUCUUGGCCUGUUGCGAGAUGUGUAAGCUCUUGGGUUGUUGUAUUUAUAGCGGUCUUGCUUUUUUUUGUAUGUUCCAUCCUCUCCAUUAUCUCCAUUGAACAUGUUAUCAUUGUACAUUGGCCUUACACCUCUGUCAAUACCCGAAACCAUUAGAGAAGGCUUCAUUCUUUGAGUUAGGUUGUCUUUCCGGUCUCACACCCUCAUACUACCUAGCAAACGAGCCUAAAUAAUUCUCUUCAAUAUCUAAUUAUCUAAUAGGGGGUUUCAAGUCGCGGCUUUUACGUUUUUUUGCAGUAAAAAAAGUUGUCUGUUGUUGCAAAAUAUGUUGUAAAUUCUAAAAGUUC